AACGUUCGAGGCGAGCGUGUUUUCUUUGAACUUUUAAAUUUGAACAUUUAAAUAUUCCAAAUUGUUUGAUUUAAACAUUAAUCCUCAGUCCAGCGUCCACGUUUGUUUGCCGAGAACUACCUCCUCAGAUCGUUUGUGUAUGUGUUCGCAAACGCUCACAGUGAACAUUAAGCAAAUGAAAAACUAUUUCAAAACGUUUACAAAACGUUUGCCGUUUCCUGGUUUGAACGCACCUCUGGCAACAAGCAAGGGACAGAAGUGUCGUGCUUGUAACUAAGGGGGAGUUGAACCAUUGACACCAGGUCAACUCAUACAACUAGGUCAGUGUAGUCUUUAUCUCGUAUGCAGAUAGCUUAGAAAAUCUACGAAUUAAGAAUUCAGCUUUACGAACUGAAUAAUACGGCAUUCAUAUUUCGUAUAGCACAUCAGGAGAGUAACGUUAUAGUGACAAACUGUUUGGUGAAAUAGCUAACGUAACGAUAGCUAGCUUAAUUCACCCUGUCGUCCUCCUCCAUCCUGGAAAAAACAAGAAUGCCAAACAUAAAAAUAUUCAGCGGUAGUUCUCAUCCAGACCUGUCGCAGAAAAUUGUCGACCGUUUAGGGCAAGAGCUGGGGAAAGUUGUUACCAAAAAAUUCAGCAACCAGGAGACAUGUGUCGAGAUUGGCGAGAGUGUCCGUGGCGAGGACGUGUACAUUGUUCAGAGCGGAUGUGGCGAAAUAAACGACAACCUGAUGGAGUUGCUAAUCAUGAUCAACGCGUGUAAGAUUGCCUCUGCCUCUCGAGUCACAGCAGUCAUCCCUUGUUUCCCUUAUGCCCGUCAAGACAAGAAGGACAAGGUGGGGAGCCGUGCUCCAAUCUCAGCCAAGCUUGUGGCCAACAUGCUGUCUGUGUCUGGAGCUGACCAUAUCAUAACCAUGGAUUUACACGCAUCACAGAUACAGGGCUUCUUUGAUAUCCCUGUGGAUAACUUGUAUGCUGAGCCGGCCGUGCUGAAGUGGAUUAUGGAGAAUAUACAAGAGUGGAAGAACUGCAUCAUUGUCUCUCCUGACGCAGGGGGUGCCAAGAGGGUAACAUCUAUAGCAGACAGACUAAAUGUGGACUUUGCCCUGAUCCAUAAAGAGCGUAAGAAGGCCAACGAGGUCGACCGUAUGGUACUGGUUGGAGAUGUGAAGGACAGAGUGGCCAUUCUGGUGGACGAUAUGGCAGACACCUGUGGUACGAUAUGCCAUGCAGCUGAGAAACUGGUCUCAGCAGGAGCCACUAAAGUGUAUGCCAUCCUGACGCAUGGCAUCUUUUCUGGGCCCGCCAUCUCCCGGGUGAACAACGCCGGCUUCGAGGCAGUGGUGGUCACCAACACCAUUCCCCAGGAGGACAAAAUGAAGCACUGCAGUAAAAUACAGGUGAUCGACAUUUCAAUGAUUCUGGCCGAAGCAAUCAGACGAACACACAACGGAGAGUCGGUUUCCUACUUAUUCAGCCAUGUUCCUCUGUAAUACCCACCAUUUGCCUCCUACACACACACACACGCCGGACAUACACACACACACACACACACAUGAAGGCACAUAUACACAGCAUAUACACAUCCUUGUGUACUUCUAUGGCCUAAGGACUCUCACCCAAUCCCCACCUUUACCAUCACAAUGCCAUACAUAUCUACAUAUAGUGAUUUAAUUAUGUCUGUUUGGUUGCCUUCACUUACUAUUACAAAUAUGUUUGUUUUGUGAUGACAACAGUAGUGUUUGUUUACUGAGUGACAGUCAGGGAAAUGGGCCUACGGACUGGAAACCGUUGAGGACAAGGAGAGAGGGAAAGUGCUUCCACAGCCUCUGUGGCUGCCAAAAGAAGAAGAACAGUGUUGGAUUUUGUUACAUGUUUGAAUUGUUUUCCUCUCUGGAUUAUAAACUUUAGAGACGUCAUGUUUUAUUUUAUUGUGUAUAUUUGUUUGUGUAGCUGUAAAUUGAAUUUGUUGCUGCCAGUGUUCAGCCUUUCUGCAUGAAAUGUUAUCUUCAGAGACUAAGUGGAUGUGUGAGCCAGCUGACAACAUUGUAUAGCAAAGAAAGUGGCCAGGUUAUCCAUUUUGCCAUUGCUUGUGUGAUUCAGACAUCAAGCGCACCAUAUAUGAUAAUAAUAUACAACAUAUACUAACAUAUAUAUAUUACAUGUAAACCAUGCAGCCCUUGUCUGGAAGUCUGUUUUCUUUAUGUUUGCGAUGAGAAGAGAAGAAGCCUGAUGCCUUAAAGUGGAGAAGAGGGUGGGAAGGGUCUCUCGUCUCCAUCUGUAGAAUGUAUGGAGAGCAGCUACGAGUGUAAAUAAAUCAUCUCAACGUUUGAAACUGCUUUAAUUAAAGUUUGUUUACUUCUCUGAAA